AUGAAAGCAGUCGCUGUCGACCUGAACACCCCCUACAUACAACUUGACAAGCUCAACUCGCUCACUCGGAGCAACCGAUCGAUGGUCAUCAAGGACUCGAAUCUAACCUUGAUACUCUGGUUCAUCAUUCUCGUCGUUCUUCUCUGCUCGUCUCCUUCGUGUAGUGACUCGAAAUCAUAUUGGGAUCUGUUUUUAGCACUUUACGUCGACAGGCCUCACUCUCACAAGUCGGUCAACAGCCCUCACUCUCACAAGUCGCUCCACACCCAUCCUCUCAGGAUGGUACCCAAAAGAAUCUGGCUAUCGUACAACAAUCAGCUCACUAGCGUUCUAGCACAAGAGCUCGAGUUUGUUGAUGACCUCGCCAAGGCAGCCAGAAACGAAUUCUCGCCUCACCUGCGUCACUUCGCCCCGUCUGAUAUCACCCUGCAUGUCAAUGAGGAUGCAGAGGCGCUGGCUACAGACUCAGCCCUUGUGGAAAUCGCGGCACAACUAUCCCCUUGCGGCGUCUCAAAGACUCCUCUUGUAGUGAAAGUAAAAUCGGACGUUGCCCGGGAGACUCCUCUUAUAGCGAAAGGUAUUCCUGCCAUAAUCUGGCUAUCGUACAACAAUAAGCUCACCAGCGUUCGAACACAAGAGCUCGAGUUCGUCGAUCACCUCGCCAAGGCGGCCAGAAACGAAUUCUCGCCUCAUUCAUCUGCCGCACCAGAGACUCCUCUUGUACUGAAAGUCCCAGACAUCAAAGCAGGAUCGAAAGUUGAAGAGGGCCUCAUACGCUUCUGGAAGGCUCUACCAGAGGCCAGUUUGGUUGUCGACGGGGAGGUGGAAUACUUGGAGCUAAAAGAGUCUUACAUUCUCGGAGACGAAAACCUUGGUGACCGCCUACUCGUGCGCCCUAUUUACAAAGAGCUCUGCGAGUUUUUUAAGGCCAACGCCUAUAAUCGAUGGGUCGUUACCGGUACUCCUGGGAUUGGAAAAACGUUUUUUUCCGUCUACUACAUGUGGAUCGCUGCGCGCGCGAAAAAAACUGUGGUGUGGCAGCCUCCCUUCCUUCCCGAACAUUUGUCCUAUUUGAUGACAUCCAGAGGCGUUGAACUGGUUGGUACUUGGGAUUCUGAGAUUACCGACGCUCUCGCAACAUCCGACGCAGUACACAUUGUGGAUGGUAAAGCUCCAAAAUUAAGAAAAGUCUGGACUCUCCUCGUCACCUCUCCACAGCACAAUCACUACCACCAAUUUCUCAAAGAGAACAAUUCAAAGCUAUUGUAUAUGCCGCCUUGGAGUUAUGAGGAAUUGCAAACUUGCAAAGCCAUCCUCUAUCCAGAUGAACGAAUAUUGCCCACAACGCUCAUGGACCGAGUUUUCGAAUGGUACGGCGGUGUGCCGAGAUACGUUCUUGCUCGGGCCUCAACCGAAUUCAAACGAAAGGGUGGCAACGAGGACGCUGCAUUUCAAGCGGUGAAUCAGAGACUGACCGAAGCCAUCAACCGAGGUGGCAUAAUGGAUGUUAUGAAAGCCUUUCAGGCCAAAACUCCCGAUGGACAAUUUUCACAUCGUGUGGUACACAUUUAUAGUCAUCCCUCUGGAGAACUCACUCGGUAUCACUUGUCAUGGGCAUCACACCAAGUUGAGAGUGCAAUGACCAAAAGAUGUGAGCAAGAACUUUGCAUUGACCUUCCGAACUUGCUCUGA